AUGUCGUUAUUCAAACUGUUCGCAAGCAAGGAAGAAACACUACUUUCCAAGGCUUUGAAAAAUGACAACUCCCGGAUCCCCAGAGAGAUUAUCAUUAAGAUCAAGGAGGUGCAGAGCGAUGUGAUAAAGUCACAGGUUUUUACACACGAACUUCUCAAGAAACUUGAUGCCCCUCUCCAACCCUAUGAGUUCCUUAAACUUCUAACGCUUUACUUUAUAGUCAUGAAAAAGGAUAAAAAGAAUCUUUUUCUUUCAAAGAUCAUGACCUCCAACAUCCAGCUCAUUACUCGAAUUCCUGAGGUUUAUAAAACAAAAGAAGAAAAAGAAAUCAUUAUAGUGUUUGCAAACCAUUUGGAUUGGUACACCACACUCUUUGCCAACCAAACUUUCUCUUUGGACAACACAAUUUCGAUCGACCAGAUCUCUCAGUGUUGCUCUUCAAAGUCGUGCGACGACACUAUCGUCUCGUUCUUCUCAAUGUUUUUUAACUUGGCUUCAAUCCCAUGGGAGAACGAGCGCUUUUAUAUCAACAAAUUGUUUCAAUUUGUACUUGGAUUUCUUCUUAGAGAGUUGGCGACGACGUUUUUCCGGUUAUGCUGCUACAUUCCUGUUUUUAUUUCAAAACUCUCGAAAACACCUUCCGCCUGCAAGGCUGAUUCCCUCAAGUACAUGAAAAAGUUUGACGAAUGUCAGAUUCUUUUUCAGUCGAUCCUUACAAACCCUAACGUGUUGAACUAUUUUCCAGAGGCGCCACAGUACAAUGUCAUUUCAACACAAAAGCUCCAAGGACUCUUAGAAGCUCGUUAUAUCCAAAUCCAACAACACUUGGUCAGUGUGAGUGGAAGCGAAAAUCAACAAGACAAGUACAACGAAAACAUCCAACACAUUAGUGACGAAAUUAGCAAGGAGUACGAACACUUCUUGAUGCUGCUCACUAAUGAAAUGGGUGUUAUCGAGUAUUUCACUCGUCUCCACUCAGACUCAGUGCCAUCCACUGUUGUCGCUUCCAGAAGUUCAUCGAAGACCUCCACAAGGAGUUGCCACAUCGAAGAAGAACGCGCAAAACCAUACUUCAAAUCAGACAGAGAACUCCACGCUUCUAUCCGAAUGUCUCCACAGCACAAAGGAACUCGAAGUUCAUUUUCUACCAACAGACCACUCUCACAAGACGCUACUGUGCUUAUGUCUAGUACUGAUGAGACAUCCUUUUACCAUUUCAAUUUUUAA